UGGAUACUGAUUUCUCAGGAUCUAUGCACCCAAAUUGCGUGAAAAUGUAAUAACAUGUCAGUUCUAGUAUAAUAUAUUUGUCCAAUGAAUACCCGUUUAUCAUCUGCAUUUCUUCUUGGCGUAGCAGUUUUACUGGCCGGUUGUGUAGAUAGAGGAAGUAAACAAGCGCCUACUGAUGGUGCCUCACCUGUGGUGAAAUUUGUUUAGGAAGCGAUGUGUACUGUGUUUUGGUAACGCUGUUAAUUAAAGAAAGAGAAAUUUGCUUAUUCAGUUAUUCCUCAUAGCGGCGAUAUUAAAAACAGCGUGUUUUGAACGUGUUUACUAGAUACGCAAGAUAACACCCGCAACGUGGUUCGAAUCCCUCCUGAUAGUGCGAACGAACAGUGUUUCUGCGAAUUAUGGGAAAGCAGGGAGUGGGGUGGAUGCGGAGGCAGUGUGUGAACACGUGAGGAGUGCGUGCCGACCACGAUGCUGGACAGCCGCGGGGUGGACAGCGAUGCCGAUGGCGGCGGAGGCAGCAGCGGGGGCGGCGGAGGCGGCAGCGGGGGCGGCCCGCGCUGCUCGGACGUGGCGGACAAGCUGCAGCAGCUGUUCGGCUGGCGGCAGACGUACAAGGUGCACAAGCGCCACCGCGGCCUCUCCCACCGGCAGCAGCUCACCGCCACCAUCAGCGCGCCGGCAAACUCCACGGGCAACGACGCGUGGGUGGUGGUGCAUAACCUGCGGUCGCAGGCGGGCGGCGGCAUCCUGGACCCGGACGACCGGCUGCUCGACGUGGCCGACGACCGCGAGCAGAUCGUCGCCAACUUCGAGGAGAGUGGGGGCGGGUCCGGUGGCGGCCCGCCCCUGCUGCUGCCCCACGGCGGCGGCGACGGAGCCAGCGCCGGCGGCAGCUCAGUCGGCACCAGCAGCCCCGACAUCUUCCAGGGAGACGGGCGGUACGCGGCCAUCGAGGUGACGGCGGAGUCUGCCCCGGCGCCGCCUCCGUCGCUGCAGGUGCGCCGCGGCAGCGAGCCGGCGCUCAACCAGCUGGUAGCGUCGGCGGCGCCGGUAGGGGGCGCGGGGGCGGUGCAGGGCGACCCGCUGGGGGGCGGCGGGGGCGGCGGCGUGGGCGUGCUGCUGCUCGCGCCCGACGGCGGCUCCAAGCGCUGGUCGGCCACGCCCGCCGUCCCGACGGAGCCCGACGGCGAGGCCCGCGGCGACGCCGGCGAGAAGGACGCCGCCUGCCGCGUGCCGGCCAACGGCAGGCUGCGCGCGCCGCCCGCCAGGAAGGAGUCCGUGUCAGCUCGGCGCGCGCUGCAGCUGCCGGGCGACUGGCGGGACGCGGACGCGUCGGCGUCGGCGUCGGCCACCGCCACCCCCGCCUCCGCCUCACCGCCCCCGCCGGCCCCCUUCCUGCAGCGGCCGCGAAGGCCGCAGCGCCGCGGCUCCACCUCCGACGAGGACGACGAUCUCGCACCCGAACAAGUGGAGUAUGUGGUGCUGCACAAUGAAGGUGGCUGUCCUCUUGGGAUCCAUGUGGUGCCAGAUUAUGACUCUCGUGGCCGUGACCGUGGCCUGCUAGUACAAGGUGUCGAGCCAGGAGGUAGAGUUGCACGGGACGGUCGACUGGCUCCAUUCGACCGCAUCGUCGAAAUCAACGGACGAAAUCUCCUCGACCUACCCUUCCAUCGGGUGCAAGAGAUCUUCAAGGACUCUCUUCAGUCACCUGAAUUGAGACUGCGAGUUGUAAAACACCACAGGUCAGCAGAGGCACCAAAGAAGCCCCCAGCACCUGUCUUCCCAAGGUCUCUUACUGACGCUCUCACAGAGAGGGACAGCGUUGCCAUGGUUGAAGGCGAAGAAAGAACGAGCUUAGGUACCAAAGUAGCAACAGUUUCUCCUACAAAAAAGGUAUCCUCCCCUGCAGUGCGUCCACCUGCAGGUUCUAGUCUAAUAGCUGCCAAUACGAGAAAGAUUGGCCGAAAAAUGGAGCUUGAACUCACAAAAGGUCCACAUGGUCUUGGGUUCAGUAUUACAACACGUGAUAAUCCAGCUGGUGGAAAUUGCCCCAUAUACAUAAAAAACAUUCUUCCUAAGGGUGCUGCUGUGGAGGAUGGUCGCUUGCGCCCAGGUGACCGCCUACUGGAAGUGAAUGGUGUUGAAAUGACAGGGAAGACGCAGGCAGAGGCAGUUGCUGUACUGCGUGAUGCUGCUCCUGGCAGUAAGGUCCGCAUUGUCGUCUCACGCCAAGAGGAUGCGGCUCCCAGCCCUGCUCUCCCACGUCAGAUUGUGGAGGAGCGAUCAGCAGCAGCAGUGCAAGGGCGGACGCAGACAGGCUCAGGGCGGGACAACGGGGAGUGCGACCUGGUGGUGGCAACAGCAACCCCAGCAGCCACCCAGCAGCCACCAGAGAAAGCAAAUGAUGAUGGCCUCAUUUUCCCAUGGAAGCAUAAAGAGAUACUGACUUUUGAUAUUCCUGUUCAUGAUACAGAGAAGGCUGGCCUUGGUGUGAGUGUGAAGGGCAAGACAACAGCAAGUCAUGGAAACGCUCAUGGACAGUCCGGAUCCACAGACCUAGGCAUCUUUGUAAAGAGUGUGCUACAUGGUGGAGCAGCUUCUCGUGAUGGUAGAUUGCGCACCAAUGAUCAGUUGCUUAACGUUAAUGGAAUAUCUUUGCUCAAUCAGUCAAAUUCUGAUGCCAUGGAGACUCUUAGGCGUGCAAUGGUACAUAUGGAAGGCCCUACCCCUGGUAUAAUAACUUUGACAGUAGCACGAUGUGUAACAUCACAUGGACCCAAUAGUAGUCAACCAUCCCAUUCUGGCCGUGAUUCAGCCAGCAGUUUGUUGACCAGUUCCUCAGGUACAGAGACAUUUGGUGGAAAGAAUGAUGUUGAGGGCUAUAAUCCAGAUACCUCAGCUGUCAGUGAGAACUCUGAAAACAACACUGUCAUCUUUCUGCCAUAUGCCAGUAAAGAUGAAUCCCAUGAUUCUGUGAACAGAAGCAAUAAAUCUUCAGCCAUUGGUGCAAAUGGAAGGCGACUUGGUGCUAUAGAUGGUCUGAGCACACGCCAUCCUGUGAUUGAUAGAUUGACUGGCCAAGUAACUAAUCCUCAUGCACUUAGAAAUGAAAGUUAUUACAGGGCAACUAAUGAGACCUGGAACACAACUAUGUUGCUCAGUGGCACCACAGCUGACAAACUGGUGAGUCCAACUGUCAACCCUCCUGCUGGAGAAAUGGUCAUGAUAGAAGAAGAAUAUGUUCCUCAGCAUAGGACAGAUGCAGAAAACCACAGGUUAGAAAAGACAUCAAAUGGCAGCCAUAAGUCAGAAGAGACUAAGGACAUUGAACGGAGGCCUGACAGCAAAGGAAAACAAUCUGCUGAACAUGGCAGUGAAGUUCCAGGGGUUAAUGCCACGUACUCAAGCCAAUUAUCAUUAGAGGAAGCAGCAGCUGGAUUUUCAAGAGAUGCUUUUGGUCGACAGAGCAUGUCUGAGAAGAGGCAUGCAACAUUAGAUGCCAAGCACACUGAUACCUACCAACGCAAUAAGAAAUUGAGGGAAGAGAGAGAGCGACAACGGCAGAUGCAACAACAGCAGCAGAACAUGAAUGACCUAAAAAAGACUGACAGAGAUUUAAAACAUGGUGCAGAAGCCAAACAGAAUCGAGAAGUAAACGGUCCCAACUUGCUGCGGGCAAACUCAAUUGAGUCUGUAAUUAGCUUAACUCGUUCUCAGGCUGACUCUGAAAGAUCGGACAUACAAGGUAGAAAAGAGUUUGGUCCAUCUUUAGGUAUGAAAAAGUCGUCAAGUCUUGAAUCCCUGCAAACUAUGGUGCAAGAGAUCCAGAUGCAGGAAGACUGUGAUCCAGCCUACACCUAUCGUAAUGCACAGGGGGUUGUGCGUGUGGUAAGGGGCCGUGGGUGUAAUGAAAGCUUCCGCGCAGCAGUGGAUCGCAGUUAUGAGGCACCUCUGGCUGAUGUUCGGGCUCGAGCAUUGGAUAUGGAAACUCUUGCUGAGGAGGACGUGUCAGCUGGGCAGGGUCUGGGGGACUCUGAGUGCAGCGUUUCUCGUGGAGGCCCUCGGCAGUCUUCCAUGAAUGCAGUUCUUGAUGGAAAAAUGAAAAUUAGUAACUCUGCAAGUGGUGCUGGACUGAAGAAGAAACCAGGCUUACUCAAGGGCAUUGGCUCCAUGUUCAGAUUUGGGAAGCAUCGGAAAACACUUGAUGCACCUAUACAACUGGGACGUGAAGAUAACAUGUCGAGAGUACCUGAGGUGGCUGGUGGAGAGAGGGAGGCAGCACGUAGAGCAGCCCAGGAGGAACAGCGACGUAUCCAGGAGCAAUACCAGCGACUGGUGCAGCGCCAGCGACAACUUGAGGUUGCCCAAAAGCAACAGCAACAAUUGCAGCAACAAAAUUCUCAACAACAGUAUCAGCACCAAAACAACCACCAACAGCAGCAGCAGCAGCAGCAGCAACCCCCAUCUUUGCACCACAACUCAGAAACAGGAGUUGAUGGACAUCAAAGAGAAGGUUCAAGCUCAUCUUCGUCAGGACCAUCCACCCAGUCACAGUCGCGUACAGAACGCAUUCAUCAACUUCGAGCUCAACAUCAGCGCAAACAUGCUGAGCGACGUGGACAGUAUCCUCUUGAUGAUCGGGAAGAGCGAUAUGAAGAAGCAAUACGCCAGCAGCACCUUGACCGGCCAGAGGCGUCACAUGGCCGAUCAGCAAGCUAUGACCUGUAUGGUGAGAUGACACGACCUGGUAGCAGAGUAGGCAUCACAGAUCCGGCAAAGUUUUCUCACUAUGUGAAUUAUGAGGAAAUUCAACAACAUCUCAACAAACGCAAAGAACAGCUCUCUGAGGUUCAGAUAAUGCAAAUGAGACUCCAGGUGCAGCAUCAGAGAUUUAAGGUGGAAGAAGAAAGUCGUAGGCAACAACAUUACCAUUCUCAGCGGCGAGACAGCCGGGAACUGCAUCAGCGACCUGCAUCAAAUUUCUAUGAGUAUGAAAGUGUACAAGCUGUGAUGCGUGCAAAUCAACAGUUGCGUGGAGCAGGUGCUCCUCUUGUGGAUGCGAAUUCCAAUUCUCUCCCACGAGGACGUCGGGAAGGAGAGACACAAGAUGGCAGAGUUGUGGUAAAUGGACCAGCAGUUGGCAGCAACUAUCACCGCAUGUAUCAGCCAGCACCAGCUAAGAGCAUCAAUGUCCACAGAGUUGCAACAGGAGCAAUACACUGGGGAACACAGCACAGUCAUGAUGGCAUGAGAAAUUCUGGGUCAGGAGCUCCUGCAGCACGAGUGCAAGGGCCUUUUGUUACACAGGUUACCAUUGGCCAGCAACAGCAACCGCCAGGAUAUGAAGUCUGAUUAAAGAAUUGUUGUGAUGCAUUUCUGGCAAAUAAGUGCUGUUUAGGCAAGGACUGUGUGUGUCAAACUUACUGAAGAUAAUGAUCUGACUAAUCUUACAUUUGUAAUGUAAGUGGUAGUUUUAGCAGUUUAAAACAUUGCCAUUUUUUGAAAGUAAUUGUUAUGGUGUGAGAGACAACUGUUAUAGUUGUCAGUAAAUUGUUUGCUGUAAUAUUGGUGACAAUGAGCAAGACAGAUCAUGACCUGUCAUUUUCUUGAGGUAUCUUUGAUUGGCUUAUGCAAAUCAAAACUCUGCAUUUAAUGGAGGCCAUUUUUUGAGCCACAUUUUCCAGUGGAUAUGAUGGCAUCUACCAUAAGAUUGUCUUGUAUGUCAUGGCAUAGAUAUUGUGUGGAAACUGGAAACGUGGCUGACCUAAUAGUACAAAACUUCAUGUAAUAGGAUUGAAUUUUUAUAUUUUUUCAUGCAUAUAAGUAAUUAUUAAUGGGUGAAUACCUGCAUCUCAUUACAGAACAAACUGUGGUAGUAUGUAGCACAUCAUACAUAAAUUUUCUCAUUGGUUUCCAAACUAUUUUCACUUUCCAUAAUAGCUAUUGGAUUCUGUUUCUAGUUAUUGAGAGCCUACAGGUACUCCUUCUUUUAUGAUAGCUUAUGCUUCAAAAAGGUUACCGGGCAGAGCUGUGGUUUGGGACGCAUUUAAUGCGCUCUUCAAGUUUUGUAACUGAUUAUACUUGACACAGGUGACCAAAUCACUUACAGGUUUCAUAGUGGUGAGUGCAAUCAAGGAGAGACAAAGUUCUUAAAAAUAAAGAAAGUGCUCACUGUGCAGGAUGAUGCAAAGAAUCACAUACUUCCAUAUAAUUUAAGUCCAUUGAUAGACCAGAAGUAUCUUAUUCACAUUGUAUAGAUAGUAUUGAAGGGAGAGUGCUCACACAUAAUUUGUGCUGCAUUUAGAGGUAAAUCUACAUUGUGUAUUAGAUGAAAAAUUCUAAUUCUGAACUGUGAUAAUGUUAAAUUUAUAAAUCAUUGUAAAUAUAUGUAAAAUUUGACUUAUAAUUUUAAAAUAACCUUAAGUAUGUACCAACACUUUGUAUUUGUUAAGUCUGAAUGAUGCUAUAGUUUGUGGAAAGAUAAUACAGAGAUCAGUGUGCAUACUCUUCUGAAAAUAUUUUUACUAUUGACAUUUUCUUCUUUCUCAUUCGCAUUGAAGUUUUGCUACUUCAAUAAGCACAUGCUCAGCAUUUUUAGUGGGAAAUGUAAAUUAUGUAAGCUCUUGAACUGUCUGUCUAUAUUAGUACAGUCUUGAUGGGCCUUACCAGAAAGUUGUAUAUACAUAUGUUAUGUAAUGUACAUAAUGUUUUUGCAUUGUACAUUUAAUGUUGCUAUGUUUAUGUACAUAUUUUUAAACAUGUAUGAUACUGAAGACUUUU